AUGUUAAAGAAAAGAUUUCUUUUCAUUUUUGAUUUUGACCACACCAUCGUCGAGGAUAACACAGACACAUACAUAUGGAAAUUGCUGCCAAAUGGUCGCAAAAGUCUGCCUCCUUAUUUUGAAAAAGAAAAAAAUUGGAAUAAAUUUAUGAGAAAGGUCCUGCAAUUUUAUUAUCACAAUGACAUAAGUGUUUAACAGGUCUAACAUUGUUUGCAAGAAAUACAAUUAACACAAGGAUUUGGAGAGCUGUUUAAUUUCAUUAGGUAUAUACUUAUUAAUAUAUUUUCAAUAGAACAAAUAAGGACUAAAUUGAAUGUAUAAUAGCCAGUGAUUCAAAUACAUUUUUCAUUGAUUCCAUCUUAUAAAAAUAAAAUCUAUAAGAUGUCUUUGAUAAAAUCUAUACUAAUCCUGUCUAAAUUAUUGAUGACAUCGAAAUAUCCAUCUUCCCCUAUCAUAAAAAUGAAUGCACAUCAUCCUGUUCUAGAAAUAUGUGCAAAAGAACCAUCAUUUUAGAUAACUAUUAAUUAAAUAACUAUGAAAAAGUGUGUUACUUUGGGGAUGGCAAAAAUGAUUAUUGUCCAGGAACACUAUUGAGAAAGGAGGACAUCAUUUUUGUUAGGAAAGGAUAUUCUUUAGAAAAGCUAAUUCGUAAAAAGGACUUAGAAUGCGAGAAAUUCUAUUUUGAAUCUGGAAUACAUUGUAUUAAUAGAUUGAAGAAUCUAUUUUUGUGA